ACUCUUGUUAAAGUCGACGGAUCAUGCCGAAACAUGGGUUAUUUAUGGUUCGGAUUUCGGCCGGAAAUCAGCGUUGCCAGCUUCCGGUCUUCCGGCCUGUGCAACCGUGUUACUUUGGACUUCAUUCAACAACGAUGACAAGGAAGAACGGUGACGCAUGAGUCCAAGACGCAUUUGUAUCAGUAAAGACUCAACCACCAGCUGGCCGAUCCUCGUUGGAAAAGAGAACGUCAGUGAUCGCCUUGGCUUCACUUAAGGGGUCGAAUGACAUUCUCGCGUGAGGUUGAAACGUAAACUUCUGCGGCAGCACAUCAAAGAAACUUAUUACCAAGAUGUCGACAUCUUUCCAAAGUCUGGCUGUAGCAGAAACACGCCCGGAUGCUGAUGGCGUCACGGGCCUGGCCGUGUUUGCGACCGAUUCAUCAGGGAACCAAUUUAUCGAGGAGUAUUUUGGCCGAAGCAGCACCAUCAAGUCCGACAAAAUCGGAAAGGACAGUGUAUUCUGGAUCUACUCGAUCACGAAAACAAUUACAGCGAUUGCUGCUUUGCAGUGCGUGGAGCGAGGCCAGAUCAAACUAGACGAUGAGGUUUAUGAUGUUCUUCCCGAACUUAAGGACUUUCAAGUCCUUGGCCAUGACCAAGCGGGCAAUGUGACGCUUCACCCACACAAGAAGAAGAUCACUCUUCGCCAUCUGCUUUCUCACACCAAUGGCAUUGGUGUGGACGUCUUUGACCCGAGACUUCAGGCCUGGCGGAUGUCUCGUGGAGAACAUCCCCAAGCUUUUUCGGGCGACUCAAAGAAGGCAUACACUAUCCCUCUUCUCUUCGAGCCAGGCCAUGGCUGGGCUUAUGGAGGAGGCGUUGAGUGGGCCGGGAUCCUGGUUGAGAGACUGAACAAGAUGAAGCUCGGAGAGUACAUGAAGGCCAACAUCUUUGACCGUCUGGGAAUGGCCAGUACAACAUUCCAUCCUGACAGAGAUCCUACAAUCAAGGAGAGACUAGUUGAGACAAGUACGAGAAUCUCGGAUGGCACACUCGUGCCCAUGGAAGGCCCUUACCCCGCUGUCACGGAGGACGACAGUGGAGCUAUGGGUCUCGUCUCGAGUGUACCGGACCUCACCAAGUUGACAACUGACCUUCUUCAAACUGAGCCGACGAUUCUCAGCGAAGAGUCUUUGAAGGAAUUGUUCUCGCCACAGUUCAGCGCCGACUCGUCAUCCGCUGGGAUGCUCGCUUAUGGUGCAAUGAUGUACGGCCGGCUGACUGGAGAGGAGUAUGAUCCUUCAAAGGUUGGUCAAGCUCCAGGAGCUUACUUCAUCAAGAAGGACACUAGGAUCCUGCCUGGCGGCACCCUCGUCAUGACAGGCAUUCCGAACCUAGUCUGGUUUGUGAACCGCAAGAAGGGCAUAGGCGGCUUCUACGCGAGCGCUAUCAUGCCGCCCGAUGACGCCAAAAGCACAAAGUUGAUACAAGAGUUUCUUAAGGAAGUUUUCAGCGGAAAAUGAGGGUCAAUAUCUCUUCGUUGCGUUCAAAUCCUCUAGGCAGACAUGAUGUACAUAUAUCAAGAUCUUGUGCAGUGUAUCGAAAUUAUGCAGU